GUCUUUCGUCUUGCAGUGAGCAGCAGGACAGAAACAGAAUCUCCGAAGACCUGAUAAUGAUUGUCCAAGAAAUGAAAAAAUACUUCCCGCCCGAGAGACACAGUAAACCAAGCACUCUCGAUGCCCUCAGCUAUGCCCUUCACUGUGUGCGCAGCGUACAAGCAAACAGUGAGAUUUUCCAGAUUCUCAGUCAGAAUGGAGCACCUCAAGCAGAUGUGACCUUGUACAGUCUUGAGGAGCUGACCACUAUUGCUUCAGAGCACACUUCCAAAAACACAGAUACCUUUGUCGCAGUGUUUUCAUUUGUGUCUGGAAGGUUGGUGCACAUUUCUGAGCAGGCUACCUCGAUCCUGAACUGUAAGAAAGACUUCUUGGCGUCCUCUCAUUUUGCUGAACUGCUUGCCCCUCAAGAUGUGAGGAUGUUCUACACACACACUGCCCACACUCAGCUUCCCUUAUGGAACAACUGGACCCAAGGAGCAGCGUCGCAGUACGAAUUUGCUCCAGUGAAGUCCUUUUUCUGCAGGAUCCGUGGAGGUGGAGACGGAGAGCGAGAGAAGCAUUACUACCCGUUCCGGGUGAUUCCCUAUUUGAUUCACGUGCAGAGCUCCUCACGGCCUGAGUCGGAGCUGGAAUCGGAGCCCUGCUGCCUCACGCUGGCUGAGAAGAUUCACUCGGGUUACGAAGCUCCUCGAAUCCCUGUGGAUAAAAGAAUUUUUACCACAACACACACUCCAGGGUGUGUUUUUCUUGAAAUAGAUGAACGGGCCGUGCCUCUGCUGGGAUACCUGCCCCAGGACCUGAUCGGGACAUCCCUCCUGGCGCACCUGCACCCCGAAGACCGCCCUCUGAUGCUUGCCGUGCACCAGAAAGUGGUGAAGUUCGCGGGCCGCCCUCCCUUCGAGCACUCACCCGUCAGGUUUUGUGCCCAGAAUGGAGACUACGUCGUCCUGGACUCCAGUUGGUCCAGCUUCGUGAACCCGUGGAGCCGGAAGGUGUCCUUCGUCAUGGGGCGCCACCAAGUUCGAACGGGCCCACUGAAUGAAGACGUCUUUGCUACCAAAAUAAAGAAGAUGAACAGAGAUGACAAAGACAUAGCUGAAUUACAAGAACAAAUUCACAAGCUUCUGUUACAGCCGGUCCACGUGAGCGCCUCCAGUGGCUACGGCAGCCUGGGCAGCAGUGGGUCACAGGAGCAGCACGUCAGCCUGGCCUCCAGCGAGUCCAGCGGGCCCUGCAUGGAGGACACACCAAAGGAACCGUUGACUUUGCAGCAGGUCUGUGCCAGUGUGAACAAGAUUAAAGCUCUGGGUCAGCAGCUGUAUGUUGAGACAAUGGCCAAAUGCCCCAAGAAGCCGGUGGUGGGGACGCACACUGGACAGCCCGAGGGUGAGCAGAAGGCCGUUUCUUCUUUAAAGACCUUGAAAAAUAACAGCAUGUACACUGAGUCUUGUGAGGAUCUGAGAAAAGAUCAGCAUAGCCCAUCGUAUCAGCAAAUAAACUGCAUUGAUAGUGUUAUCAGAUACCUGAAGAGCUGCAACCUUCCAGCUUUGAAAAGAAAGUGUAUCUCCUGUACGAACACGACCUCAUCCUCAGAAGAAGACCGACAGAACCCCAGGGCAGAUGGUGCCCAAGCCUUGCAAGCUGUUUCUCAGAUCCCAGCCAUGCCUACAUCGGAAGUGCCAGCUAAUGGACGGUCCACGGACAACGAAGGAGGAGCUCCACGGACCCUGCCCACGGCGGCACUGAGCCCGGGCUCUGACAUAAGCCAGUGCAGUUACAGCAGCACCAUGGUUCACGUCCCGCCACCAGAGCCAGAGUCGCCUGCAGCCUGUGAGCCGACGCCCGGCACGCAGUGGGCCCCGCUGACCCUGACCGCAGAGCUCAGGCGCUCGGGGCUCACCAGGGCUGUGCUGUCGGCGCACACGCGGAGGGAGGAGCAGCACUACGUGGGCCGGUUCCGGGAACAGAUGCUGUCCUCACCCUACAGCUGCCACCUCCCGCACGGAAGUCCAAGCAGAGCCAGACACUCACGCACGCAAGGAGAGGCGACUUCCAGGCAGACUGGCUCAGCUGGUGGCAAGAAGGGGAAGCACAAGCGGAAGAAGCUGCUGGAGCCACAGGAUGGCCAGUGCGCCAGGAACAAGGACACUUUCUGUCCCCAUGUCAGAACUGACGUCCAGAACGUGCAGCCCUGGUGCCCGUCCCCGGCCUCCCCUCUCCAUGUCCCCAGCCUGCCGUUCCCGGCUGCGGGGGUGGCUGCCAGCCAGGCCCCUUACCUCGUACCAGCAUUCCCCCUGCCCACUGUGACUUCGCCGGGGGCAGAGCAUGCAGCCUCAGUGACAGCACCAGACUGUCUGCCCAAGCCACCUUUCCCAGCUGUCCCUUCGCCUUACGUGGACACUUUUCUGACCAUUUUGCUGCCUGACUCCCAUGUGUAUCCUCUGUUGGCACCAUCAUUCUCUCCAUACCUGCUUUUGGGGGCAGCAGGCCCUUCUGAAAUAGCACCCUCAAUAUCAGCAGUGGCUCCAGAUGUGGAAGCAGCAUUUCCAGUCACUGACCAGAGGAGAGCUGGGGAGAACUGGGAGGCCCAGAGUGAAGGGCACCCGUGCACCACCUCCAGGAGCAGCUCACCGCUGCAGCUGGACUUGCUCCAGGAAGACGUGCCCUGGUCCUGCGAGUCUGCAGAGCAGCAGUGUGUUACAGGCAACAGUGGAAAGAACACCCACCAUUUUACUGCCAGUGACCUGUGCAUGGUGCCCCUUCCCAAGGAGUCUCCAUCUGGGCCUGGCUCUGCAGCAUCAGGAAGCAGUGAUAGCAGCAUGUAUUUCACUAGUAGUGAUUGCUCUUCUGAAAUCACCCAUGAUGGGCAGCAGCCUCGGGAUGUGCAGGAAAAAGAGGCAUUUCCCAGUUCCGCCGAAGAGCCCAUCUGGAGAAUGAUAAAGCAGACGCCCGAGUGCAUUCUCAUGACGUAUCAGGUGCCAGAGAGGGUUAAAGAAAUUGUACUGAAAGAAGACCUAGAAAAGCUGGAAUGCAUGAGGUGGCAGCAGCCACAGUUUUCUCCUGGACAGAGGGAGGAGCUGGCCAAGGAGCAUUCUUGGAUUCAGAGCCAGACCCUCCCUCAAGAAAUAGACAUCCAAGGCUGUGUCACUUGCAAAAACAAAGAUUCAGUUGGUGAUGCAGUAGGAGCCUGUGGUCAGGACCCAGCAGAAGACAGCAGUUGAGUGACUGUGGAGGUGCCCAGCACACCCUCCCCGGACAUCUCUGAACUCCCCGGACUCUUAAAUGACCACGAAGUUAUCAUUAAAUGUUAUCUUCUUGGCUUUUUAAUAGACAUCAUUUUUCUGAAACAGACUUUGUAUAUAGAAUCUUUUCCUUCUCCCUGUUCCUGAUGUAUCACAACUGUUAGUAGGCUUUUUUUCUGGUUUCACUGUCUUUGAAAGAGAUUGGAUAGUCUGGAAAAAGGUAUGUGUACAGCAAAAUAAAUGAUAAUAGAAAUAUAGCUGCAAAGAGCCCCAGUCCAACCUUAGCCUCACUGCUUUUGCCCUGCUGUUACAUAAAUCAUUCCCCCGGUCAGAGUAUGACAGGAAGCCCUGCCUUGCACUUUCCUAGUGGUUUCCAGAAACUUAGUGUUCAGUCUGCACAGGUGAUGCCUCCCCCCAAAGUUAGCAUCGGACACCCCCGUGUGCUCACAGCACACAAGCCAGUCGGUGCUUGCUGAUGUUGGCACGUGCUGCCCAGCUCUGAGGGGCAUCUCUACUUCCUCCUUACAGAGCCUUCCUCUCGGGAGCCUCAUCUUCAAAACCUCUCCGCUAAUGAGGAGCUUAUGGGGGGGAGGUUGAAAUUAGCUUUUACAUGUGUCAUUUUAAAACAAAAGAGCUUCUAACUCAACCAGUGGUAUUUCCUUUUUAAUGCUUUUUGUUUUUAAAAUGAUGAUUGUAAAUAGUUUUGUAAAAAUCUUGGCCUUAUAUGUGUCUGUGUUUAAACCAAAACUAACAGUUAAGUCUUUCUUUCCAACUAAUUUACACCAAAAAGGCCUGCAUCCCUACCAGAGGUCUGGUGGGCACUGCCUUUUGUUUGCCCUUAAACAGGAGGGGCCUCAGUGAGAGGGUCUGGGGAGCUCGGACGGGGCGGGAGCAGACCCGCGGUAACUGAGCUGCGCAGGCUGCGCUGUGUCCCUUAGAGUGACUGGGCCGAGACCUUGACGAGUCCUCUCAGACUUGGAGCCACGUGUGCGGUUCACUCCCAUGCAGGUCAGAAAAGGGAAAUAGAAGCAAAUGGAGGUUACAGAGACCUUUCAUCUUCACAAACUAGCGUCUUUCUCUUUUUUGUUGUGUUUUGUGUGUGCGCUUUAUUUUGCUUCAGGAACACACUUCCUCCUCCGAGCUUUCUAGCUUUUCAUGGCGUGCGUCCUGACAAUGGUUAGGACAGCCAGCCUCUUUGUCCGUGGGGACCGCUGGACCUGAUUCUCAAUCCCCGCAGCUUAGAUUUUCUUUCGAAAGUGGUAGUUUCCUGGAAGGGAAUUCUGUCUUAAGGUGUCAGAACCUUUCUCAGAUGCUACCUAUGACAUUUCUAGGAAUUUUUUUAAUAUUAAACAGCUCCGUGUUUUAUAAAAAGAGAACUCUGAUGUUCUACUCCAUCUUAUUGUUAAAUGAUUUCGGAAGCCCUCAUUGCAUUGGUCAGGUUGUGUGGUACUUUUUUAUUUUUGCCUUCAGUGAAGAGUAUCAAUUUUUAAAAAAUCAUCCUGGAUAUUGUCCAUCAGUACAAUCAUUGUAACCUUCUGUCGCGAUAAAAUUUUUAAUUUGAGCAAAUCAGAAAUGACGUGAAGCUGUCAGAGGAUCACUCUGCACUUGUGUAUGUAAUGUAUAUUUAUACUUUAAACCUCAUGUUCUCUAAUAACACAUGCCCUUUUCCGUUCCUUCUGGGUACUGGCUGUAUCUAAACUGGCUUGCUGCUUUGCCUUAGUACAUGUUUUACCAAGUGCACACUAUUCUGGGCUUGAUUUGAAACUGGUGCUCAUUGUAGGCAGAUUCCUCCAAGCAUUUAUAUUCCCAGAUUUUGACAUGUAGAUUAGUUGGUGUAUUUAGAGACUGUGCUGCAAAGCUCCUGCUUCUGAGGCGGGAGAGGGGUCAGCAGUGACAGCCACUGCCCCCCACGGGGGCUCCACCCAGCUCUGCCCUUUGUCAUUCAAGUUUAUAACUUUUUGUAUUAAUGACUAUAGAAGUUGGUAAUAAAACAAUGUAUAUUAUAGGUUUCAAUGUUUACGUAAAUGUUGGUCAAAAGGCUGUAUUUUCUUAGGUAAGAGGUCAGGAUUUAUGAAAAACAAAAUGCUGUAUGAAUGAAAUCAUUUUGUAAUUAAGUGAAAUUUCAUUAUGAUUCACAAAGUAAACUUAAUCCAAAUGAAAUCUUGUUUCAGCUGAAUUUAUAAUUAGCUAUGUGAACUCUCUUGUUUUUAAUAGUCAUUAAUAUUUUAAUUGGAUAUGUUUUUUAAGUAAAAACAAUAAACUGUGUACAUGUAAAACUUGGGAAA